AAAGAAGAAGAAGCGGAACCAGUUCGAGCGAUGACCCCCCGAAUCCGGGCUCAACACGCACGGGUCCAUGCUGAGUCGGCCAGAACGCGGCGGUGAUGAUUUGUCUGACCUCCACUUAACUAAAUGUUUCUAUGAAUAUGACAGACUACGCCGAAGAGCAACGCAACGAACUUGAAGCGAUUGAGUCCAUCUACCCGGACUCCUUCACAGUUCUUUCAGACGACCCCACAAGCUUCACCAUCACUGUGACAUCAGAUGCAGGCGAGAAUAAUGAUACUGUGGAAGCAACACUACGGUUCACCUAUGUAGAGAAAUACCCAGAUGAGGCUCCUCUGUGGGAGAUCCACUCCCAGGAGAACCUGGAUGUCAGCGACAUGGAGGACGUCCUAACUCUGCUGCAGCAACAGGCGGAAGAAAACCUGGGCACAGUAAUGAUUUUUACCCUGGUAACAGCUGUCCAGGAAAAACUGAACAAAAUAGUUGAUGUGAUAAAAAACAGACGAGAGGAAGAGAAGCGAAGGAAGGAGAGAGAGGCAGAGGAAGCAGAGAAGGUAGCAUUCCAGGGCACAGUGGUAACCAUUGAAAACUUCCUGGCAUGGAAAGCCAAAUUUGAGAUGGAGAUAGCUGAACUGAGGAGGAAAAGACAGAAGGAAGAGGAGCAGGCAGGAAAACCCAAACUCACUGGUAAACAGCUGUUUGAGAGAGACCGCAACCUAGACACAUCGGACAUCCAGUUCCUUGAAGAUGCCGGAAACAAUGUGGAAGUGGACGAGUCACUGUUUCAGGAUAUCGAGGACUUGGAAUUGGAUGAUGACGAUGAUAGCUUUGACCCCUUGGCUGCAGGCAGUGAUGAGGACUGAAAGGACUGAUGAGAUUGUACAGUUCUUUUUGCAAAAUUGCCAACAGCAACCAUACAGGAUCCAACAGCUACCUUUAUUUUGUCAAGACUUAUCAGUGGGAGAAGGAGUAAUAAAUGCAGCGCACACACGUGUUUGUCUCUGUCAGAUGACAAAAUUCAUUAUGUGGCAAGAAGCAAGUGUGAAUAAGUUUGUUUUUUUAAAUUGAAGCCGUUGCAAAAGAGUUAAUUCUCUCAUGUGUUCUUACUAUAUCAGGGCACAGUAAGUGGUGGACUCAUUUCUAUGCAUCAUAUUAAAUGAAACCUGAUGGA